AUGUCUUACUCUAAGAUCCUUCUCAUCUCCGCCGUUCUGGCCGCUGUCGAAGCCCGCUUCGGCCAGGAGCAGGUCCCCGUUCAAGCCGUCUCUUCUCUGCAGGCUGGCAACCCCGGUGAAGCCGCCACCCUCGCCGGAGGCAUCCCGGGUGUUCUCCUCGCCGCCGCCGACCCCUGCGACAAGUUGACUCUCGCCGACAAGAUCGCCGCCCUCGGUACCGGUGCCGACGUUCUCGAGGCUGCCAAGGGUGUCGUUGCCGCCGAGCAGAACUUCAACCCCUUCGUCGUCAGCGUCCCCAGCAUCUGCGGCGAUGCCUCUCUCCCCGCCACCGAGGCCCUUCGAGGCAUCGUGCCCCUCGUCGACCCGGCCGUCACCGGAUCCGAUGCCGAGAACGCCAACUCGGCCACUUCUCUCCAGAACCCCUUUGACGCCACUGGUCUGUCUGUCGCCGAGGUGAUGCAGGCUCAGGGCUUCUCCAACUUCACCGUCAAGGGCCAGGCUGCUGGUGGUGCUGCCGCCGGAGGCAACGCCAACGCCGGCAACAACAACGGCAAUGCCAACACUGGUAACGCCAACACCGGUAACGCCAACAACAACCAGAACAACGGCAACAAGAACAACAACAACAAU